ACCAAUGACGACGAUUCGUAAAAAAUUGGUUAUUGUUGGCGAUGGUGCCUGUGGUAAGACUUGUCUGCUGAUUGUCUUUAGCAAAGAUCAAUUCCCUGAAGUGUAUGUGCCCACUGUAUUUGAAAAUUAUGUGGCCGACAUUGAAGUCGAUGGCAAACAGGUUGAAUUGGCCUUAUGGGAUACAGCCGGUCAAGAAGAUUAUGACAGACUUCGCCCACUCAGUUAUCCAGAUACAGAUGUUAUACUAAUGUGUUUCUCUGUGGAUUCACCCGAUUCAUUAGAGAAUAUUCCUGAAAAAUGGACCCCAGAGGUCAAGCAUUUUUGUCCAAAUGUCCCCAUUAUUUUGGUGGGUAACAAAAAAGAUUUGAGAAACGAUCCCAAUACAAUUCGGGAUCUUGCAAAAAUGAAGCAGGAACCAGUUAAGCCACAAGAAGGUCGUGCUAUGGCUGAAAAAAUCAAUGCCUUUGCCUAUUUAGAAUGUUCGGCCAAGUCCAAGGAGGGUGUUCGAGAAGUAUUUGAAACCGCCACUAAAGCUGCAUUGCAAGUUAAAAAGAGGAAGAGGACCAAAUGUAAUUUGCUCUAAAAGAGUUCUAUACUUCAUUUAAAACAACAACAACAACUACAGCAACAACAACCAUACUUUUUUUAAUAAAAACAAAUUCAACAACAACAACAAACAAGAACAUACAAUUUUACUUCUACAACAACAAACAAUAAAAAAUACACACAAAAAAAACUACAAGAAAA